UACUCGUGUGUACUAUUAUUUAGUAAGGAAACGUGUGUAAUUUAAAACUACACGGCAUGGAUGACUUUAUAAAAACAUAUUUUGCAUCUGGUAUGAAAUACCGUGAAAUAUUACUUUGUCUUGAAAAAAUAAAUGGGUUUAAAGUUUCUUUACGAAGCCUUAAACGGAUAUUGUCACGUAUGAAGUUAUUUAGACGCAUAAAUAAAAGUGAUCAGCUUAGUGUUGGUCUCUAUGUCAUGGAAAAUGUAAUGACAUCCAGCAAACAACUUGGAUACAAGAUGAUGCAUCAGAAACUCCUUCAAGAGGGAUACGUUGUUACACAAGAAACAGUUCGCCUGAUGAUGCAUAUUUGUGACAAAGAAGGUAUUGAACAGAGAAGGAGAACUGGUCUUCAACGUCGGAUGUACCUGAAUCUUGGACCUAAUUAUUUAUGGCAUAUCGACGGGUAUGAUAAAUUGAAACCGUACGGGCUGUGUAUCAACGGAGCUAUCGAUGGAUUUUCUCGUUUCAUAAUAUGGCUUGAGGUGCACAAAACAAACAGCGAUCCUAAGAUAAUUGCUGGUUAUUUUAUGAAUGCUGUGAAACAUUUGCAAGGCUGUCCAACGCGUGCUAGGUCAGAUUAUGGCACCGAGAAUGUUUACAUUCGACAGAUGGUCAUUUUUCUUAGGGGUCAGAGAGACGAACAGUUAACAAAGAGUUGUUUUUUACGUGGAUCAAGUAACCAUAAUCAAAGAAUUGAGCGUUGGUGGGGUAUACUUCGAAAUGAAAAUGUUCAGUACUGGAUAGAUUUUUUCACAAUGCUGAAAAGUACUGGUGAUUUCAACGGAAGCUUCCUUGAUAAGGCUGUUCUGCAGUUUUGUUUCAUGGACUUAAUUCAGGAAGAACUUAACUCUAUAGUUAAACUGUGGAAUAACCAUCGUAUAAGACCAUCAAGCAAUCCAAACCAGCCAUACGGAAGACCAUUUUUGAUGUAUCAUUGUCCUGGUAUGUUCGGCUGUCAGGAUUACCUUUGUCGUACAUCUGAAGCACAGGUGAACUUGUGUCUUGAGGAAAGUAUUCAAAAGGGAAAUGUUACAUGUGACGAAACGGUGUUUGAACUGUGUACCAUCAUCAUGUCGGACCAUAAUAUGAUGCCUGCCAAAACAGCAGACGAUGCUGCACUGCUUUACCAAUUUCUCCGACGGGAAAUAUUAAAUGAACUUCACCAGGACUAAGCCUAAAUGCAAGACCAACCAAUAUAAGGCGAAGUCUGUCGACGCAUAGGCUACUCCGUUAUUUACAAGUUAUUUUAAACAAGUUGACCAUGUUCAUUUGUAAAACAUGAAAAUGACGUAUAACUGUUAACUGAUUGUUGUAAACAUAUUAAAUAGUGUCUUUUAAUCAAUUCAUUGUUAAUCUCAGUAUUAGCAAAGCAGGAACAAUUUCAAUGUUUAACAAAAAUUUAAAGUACCAGUAAACGCAUCUAUUGUAACCCUUUGCUCAUGUGCGAGAAUUGAUCCAAAAGUUCAUGGAUAUUAGUAAUAUUUAAUAUUAACGGACGCCAAUAUAAACAUUUUAACUAGACUAUUCGAAGAAGAGGGCUAUUGUACUCAAUCCAGGCGUCGAUGUAGCCGUCGCGAGUUAUAUUUAAGAAAUGAUUUAUAGCAAAACCGUGUUUCAACACUAUUUAUAUACGCCGAGCGUAAUAAUUUUACGAGGGCGUAUACCGAGAAAAUAUUUCAUACGACGUAUAAUCUGCGGAGUGUAUAGUGUUCAAACAUAGCUUUGCUAUGAACUAUUUUGAUUCUAAUAUGUCUAUUGUAAAAUUUUAUUCAAAUAUGAUGGAACUGUUUCUUCGCAUAUAACUGUUUCUCCUUUUGAAAGGCUUAUUAAAAUCAUCUCCGAACAUGCCCGGAUCCAGGGACGGGCAGAUGGUGCCCCCGUCCCAAGUUUGCUGAGAAGUGACCUAUACUCAUCAAAGAUGCACCAUGUACUGUAUGUACUUGCACGCAAAACUUUAACCAGGAUUUUCUAAGUCCAAAGGGGGCAUAAUUUGGCUAAAAUGCAGGUCAGAGUUAUGGGACUUGAUGCUGUCAACUAGUUUUAUAACCCCAAAGACACAUGUGAAGUUUCAAUUCAAUAUCUGCAUUAUGAUGGGAUAGAAGUUUAAUUGAGAGAAAGCUAUAUUAAAUCAAAUAAAAUUUAUGAUAUAUCUUGUUUCACGAAAAUGCUUGCUGCUUGCCUUUAAACCAAAAGAGCUCUUGGCUUACAAGCAAUUACAUUGAGCGUUUUAAGGUUGGUCAAAAAGUUGGUUUUUCUUAAACAUUUCUUUAUUUCUUGUCUCUCUUGCGAAAACUGCUGCCACACUAUAAAUUCCAAAUUGCUAACGACGUUCACGACGACAUCCAAAUACAACCGUCGCUUUACGAACGUUGGUGUUUCUAAUAUUAGCACGACAUAACGUUUCAAUAACUUUUAACCCAACCCAUUUGUAUAUAUGACAUAUAUGAUGUAUGUGAUUGUUGUUUAUGUUUCCGUAUAUAUGUACAAUAAAAUAUGAUUAAACUAAAUGAUUGAGUAGUAAUUGGGAGUCUGUAAUUAUAUUUAAAGGCGAGUGUUUUAGAAAUUAUAUUUUACUGAACUAUUCAUCCUUUAUUCUUAUGAAAAACAAAUGCUUAA